AUGUCACUUAAAUUCUUAAACUUAAAGUCUUUUCAUCCUACCAACAAGGUUAACCAAAAAAAGUUGUUCAUAGCAGAAGAGAGAUCGAAAACAGAUAGAAAGAAAGAAGAAGAACGAUCAAAACAAGUAAUAGAAGAACAAGAGUUUAUCAAGAAUAGAACUCUAUUGACUGGUUCAAAGUUAGAAGGUGAAAGAUCUAAAGUUGGCUUUUUAUACGCACCUCCACCAGGAGUAGAAAUUGAAAAAAAGGUUGAUACAACAAAUAACAAUGAUGGAGGAGAUGGAGGAACAAAAGAGAAACACUUUAAACAAAUGACAGAUGUGGAAAAGUUCCCAUUUCUUGCAAAUGCACCUGUUCAAGGAAACUAUACAAGUGAUAUAAAGGUUACACAUAAACCAUUUGGUAUUGAAUUAAAGGAUGUCAGAUGCUUGAGAUGUCAUCAAUGGGGACAUUAUUCAGGUGAUCGGUCAUGUCCGCUUAUCAAUCAAAAUCCGAGUGACCUGAGAAGAUUAGAAAGAGAAGAUCCAAUGUUGGCAUUACAAUUACAAGAAGAAAGAGAACAACAAGAACAUCAAUCAAGAAAAAGAGAAAAGGAAGAUGACAGUGAUAGUGAUGAUGAUGUUGAAAGAGAGUUUUUGGCAAGUCUAACAAAACGACAAAGAAAACUAUUACUCAAACAAAUAAGAAAAGAAGCUAAACAAAAAAAGAGAAAAGAUAGAAAGGAAAAGAAGAAAGACAAAAAAGAAAAGAAAAAGGAUAAAAAAGAAGAUAAAUAUAAAAGAGACAAGAAAAGAGUUAAACAUGGAGGUUCAAGUGAUAAUGAAACAUAA